CUGCUUGGUCUGCACAGGAGUUGGUGGAUCUCAUUGCUGUGUAGGGAGAAGAGUCUGUGCAAGCAGAGCUCCGAUCCAUCAAAAGAAACACUAACAUCUGUGCAAAGAUCACUCGUGGAAUGGGGGGGACACACACAGCAGUGCCGUGUGAAAAUAAAAUAACUUUGCCAAGCGUACCAGAAGGCAAGGAAGGCGAACAGUCGUUCUUGUGCUGAACCCCACACAUGCCAGUUCUUCAAUGAGCUGCAUGUGAUUCUCCCAGCACCCCCACAAGCAACAUGGACACCUCACAGGUGUAAGAGUCUAGGGACAACAAGGAGGAUUAUAUGGUGGAGGAGGAAAAUGGGAGACAGGCGACCGAUGGAUCCAUUCUCCCCAAGAGCCAGGAAAUACUUUUAACCCUAAAGCCCUGUGGGUUGCAGGACAUCACUGUGGCUGACCAUGAUGCCAGGGAAGGCACCUCGGAAUGUCUGAAAGUCAGGAGACAAACAAUGGAAGCCACACCAGCAAGAUUGGUUCCAACAGUGGCAGCUCUGCUGUGUGCUUUGGGCAGUACCAGUAUACGGCAGCCGAAUACCUGGCCAUCCAGAAUGCCCUGCGUCAGAGGUUGGGUCCAGAGUACAUCAGCAGCCGGCAGGCUGGUGGAGGACAAAAGGUUUGUUAUAUUGAGGGUCACAGGGUCAUCAGUCUGGCCAAUGAGAUGUUUGGCUACAAUGGCUGGGCUCAUUCGGUCACUCAGCAGAAUGUUGGAUGGGUCGUACCAUGAAGAUGUGGGUUAUGGAGUGAGUGAGGGCCUGAAGUCUAAGGCAUUGUCCCUAGAAAAGGCAAGGAAAGAAGCAGUGACAGAUGGACUGAAGAGGGCACUCAAGUGCUUUGGAAAUGCUCUUGGGAACUGCAUCCUGGACAAAGACUACCUGCGAUCAGUGAAUAAACUUCCUCGUCAGCUGCCUCCUGAGUUGGAUUUGGCCAAAGCAAAAAGGCAAGACUUUGAGCCUGCAAUAGAGAAGGCUAGAUACAGUAGCUGUCUGCAGAAGCAGAGUGCAUGGCAACCCCAGCACUGUGAGAGCAUGUCCCCAUGCAAACCUGGCCAGGAAGCAGCUUCCUUAAGCACAGUUGAGCAGGAGCAGCAAAACAGCUCCAGACAUAGCAUCACCUUAGUCUGUGGGAGUGAUGCCACUUACCAGCGGAAGUUACGGCAGAAGCAGCUUCAGCAGCAGUUCCGGGAGCAAAUGGAGAAAAAACAGCUGACAGUAGCCAAUCCAGUCAGCAAACAGACAGCAUCUCAUCCCUCACGGGUGAGACACAGCACUCCAGCAGCAGCACCCCAGGAACCAACCGCCGAAGAGGAGUUCUUUGCAGAUGACCCUGAGCUUUGGGACAUCCCCCUGGAGACCACUGCUCUCUGUGAUACAGAGAGCCAUGAAAAAGCAGCUGUAGCAGCCCCGGCUCCUGCAACACCUCUUGGACACUAUCACAUGAUGACUCGCAGCAAGACCCCUCAAACAAUGAACCAUAAGAAACCACAAAUGAGGGCUGCAGUAUGGCAGGUGUCCCCUAGGCACAGGCCUUACAGCCCCUCUUCCAACCAAGGUGUACCAGCAGAGUGCAGCCCAUACAGGAAGAGCCAAGGCAUGAAGAAAAGGAAACUGGAACCCUCCUAACAGACAGGACCGCACCUUAAUGUUAGUUUCCUCAUGAUGAUUUGACCACAACCAUCUUUUCUGAAGCACAUCUGAAGAAACUGUUGAAACACAAAGGAAAAUCUAAUUCAUUAGAUCCAUGGCAUUCAUGCAAUGCUGAUCAUAGGCCAUCUUCUGUCAUAAGUCUUUCCUUACUUUAACCCCUCUUAAUGUGCUUGAUGUCCCCUCUUGUGGUUAAAAAGUUUGAUGCAUCAUUUCUUCCUGAGUCUUGCACUUCGGGAGCCUACCCAGUGCCAGGGCUUAUUUUAACUCCUUUGGAAUAACGUGAGAUGCAACUCUACUCUCUACUGGUAACUGAAGGAUGCCCUACUACUUUGCAUUUCAUCAUAGAGGGAGUAGUUUCCUUUAAUGUGGAUAGCAUUGAAUAAGAUCAGAUUUUGGAAAGAAUUAUUUGAUCAGAGACUUGUACACAUAGUAUGUGGUUGGAUGCGUUAAAGGAUUACAGUUGACUAGUUUGUUUUAGGUACUUGUUUUUAUAUUAAACUUUAUCCCUUUUUCUUACAGAAAAUGUGAAUAAACAUGCAAAUUCAGA